AUGGCUUUGUCUGCUGAGCUCGUUGCAGACAUCUCGUUCAAGCUGACACAGGUGCAAGAGGGCGAUCGACUUGUAAAGACGGUGCAUGCGGCUAUCAGCCAGCUUGAGUCGCAGGGCCACGUCUACACGAUGCAGCUUCAACCGACCAUGGUCGGGAUCAGUUCCCAGAACCGCGACGGGAGCGGGAUUAAUCCCGUAGAUGUCCACGAUCUUCUGGGCGACAUAGUUCAAGCCGGCUGGCUUGAUGCCAGGGUUCAGGCUAUCGCCCAUGAGCCAACUGGGCAAGAGGACAUCGAUUGGAAUGUCCGUCUCUUCCAAAGCAUGCAUGAUCGCUGUGGGCCCCUGGAGCCCACGAUGAUCAAAGCACUCUCCCUGGCAGGGUCACACACAAACUCGGUCUUGCGGUGCUUCCACUAUGAGGUCAUGCAUGAAGGAGACGAGACCGUGUGUCAUGAUGGAAGACUCAGCAUGGAGCUGCUUCGGCGGCACGAUCCGGACUUCGCGAGGGCGGUUCGCGAAGGAGUCGUUUGGAAGAUCUUGUCAAAGCACGUCGCUGCCCAGCUGCCGCAGCUGUUGGGGCUUGUCCAAAGGAUGGGCAACGCCACACUUCACCGUUGCGAACACGAGCUCCAACUGAUGAGACGGCUGCAUCAGACUUGGGUCCAGAUGAGCUCUCAGGGUUCUGUGGACUUCCUGGCACUGAAAAGCAAAGUCACCACGGGGAAGUCCGUGCAUGGCAAGUCCAUGCCGCAUCUUUACAGUUUCGUGUUGAAGACUGCGGGUGGCACAGAUCCGUUCUUGCUCAACGAGACUGAAACCUUCGUUAGGUUGCAUUCCCCCAGCACACGUUCAUUGGGACCUGGUUUCUGGGAGAAGGUCAGUGCCGAUGUCAAAGGUUCCAACCAAUUCCCACGGUUCCGGCAUGCCAUGGUGAAGCUUGCAUACUGCAAAGAAGCUGUGGGGUCUGCCGAGUGCAAGAAGAUGUUGCACAAGGAUUCAACGGCCUCUGUCAAGGAGGCAGACACCAUCAUGACCACGUGGCGAAAGCUGGUGACGGCCCUGCCGAAUGGUGCAGAGCUUCUCAUGAAUCCCGAAGUGCAGACCUGCUUGUCCUAUGGGGACAUGUCCUUGGCUGCCUUCACCCUGAAUGUGAUGUUGCCCGGCAUCCUCAAAACAGACCUGAAUGGGCCCUGGGCGGCACACAAGGUCGCAGAUUCGGGUGAGGCAUCGGGUUCCAAACAGGUUGCAGCACCCAAGGCCAUCAUGAGGGAGCUGAGCUCCGACGGCUCGGUGAAGGAUUCAGCGCUGAUGCUGGCCGAGUCCGGCUUUUCAGUCGGCCAACAUGUCCGUCGCAAGGCGGACCAGGAAACGGGCCAGGUGAUGGCGAUGGAGCUUGGCCGUGUCAAGCUGAAGCAGCCCUCGGGGUCCGCAGUGCGGGUGUCGGUCGACAGCUUUCUCGCAGGGCACUGGCAGGUCUUCACACCCAAGCCAGAGCCCCAGACGAUUGAUGACUUGUCAGUGUAUUCGCCUUUGAACUUCCCCGAAUACGAGCGACAGAUGCUGUUGGCAUGCUUGCACAUGGACAUGCAUGAGCUCAUGCAAAAGCACGACACGAAUCCCAUGCUGCAGAAGCUCAAGGUCACUUUGAAGCCUCGUAAGUCAGUCCAAGCCACGGCAUUCAUCCCGAAAAACAAGCUCAUCAUGGUCCCCAUGGGUUUGACGAUCAAGCACGGUCAGAAGAAGCCCGAGGAUGCGAUUUUCGAUAUCAUCACCCCCAUGAGUGACUACUUCUUCUGGGUUGUUUCGUUCAUUCAGAUUCCGAAAGCCGAAGGGGAUGCUGGCUUCAUCAAUCCUGCAUUCCUUGUGCAGCCGCUUCCCGUGAGUGACACUUGGAAUUGCGAGGUUUCGCAUGUCAAGUCCAAUCGAGACAAGAAGGUUCAACUCCCCAUCCUCAAGAACACCAUGGACCUGCAGCAGGACGAUGUGCUGUAUAUGCCAAAGGCCGAGAAGACUGUGCACGUCGAGGCCUUGCAGGCUGAAACCCCGCCAAGGAAGCGAAUCUGCUCCAAGAAGCCGGGAGACUCCUGA